AUGCCAAUCCUUAUUCAUCAUCCCUCCAUUCGUAAUUUCUCUCUCUUUACUCAUUAUGUACCGUUCACCUCUCCGACACUAUCAUCUCCCCUCUUCGCCAUAGAUAAAGCUUCGACAUCCCAGACGAACUUUUGCAGAAACUUGCGUCUUUCUUCCACAUUAUCAAGAUUCAGAUGGUCCCGCGUUUCGUUUUGCGCCAAAUAUGGAUCUUUUGAGGAAGUUAAUGACACCCUUUUGCCCGAAACGGCUGGUUGUGAAGAAUCUGAGGAGCUUGCGCUAUCCCUUAAAAAGCCUUUUCCAAAACAAGUGGACAAUGGAAAGGCCGAGGAAAUAGAAGAAGAUGAAAAGGAUAAACGUGCCGAAGGUGAUAUUCUCGAGUCCUUUUAUAAGCUCUUCGGGCCAUCGCAGGACCAAAUGAACCAAAGCCAGGUUUCUGUUGCCGAGGAAACUGAAAAGGUCAAUUUGGAUUAUUAUGAACCAAAAGCAGGUGAUUUCGUGGUGGGCGUGGUGGUCUCGGGCAAUGAGAAUAAGCUUGAUGUCAAUGUUGGGGCAGAUUUACUGGGAACAAUGCUGACAAAAGAAGUGCUUCCCUUGUCUGAUAAGGAGAUAGAUUAUUUGUUGUGUGAUUUUGAAUCCGAUGCAGAGUUUUUAGUGCCCGGGAAGGUUGGAAUUGUGCAAAAUGACGAGGCAUUAAGUGGACAGCCAAUGCAAGGAAAGCUGGUUGUGGAGCCUGGGACUGUUCUUUUUGCCGAGGUUUAUGGGAGGACCUUAGGUGGGCGGCCUCUGCUGUCGGCAAGAAGGCUGUUUAGGCGAAUGGCUUGGCAUCGAGUGAGGCAGAUCAAGCAGUUGAAUGAGCCGAUUGAAGUUAUACUCACUGAGUGGAAUACUGGAGGUCUCCUUACAAGAAUAGAGGGGCUAAGGGCUUUUCUUCCAAAAGCUGAACUGAUGAAUAGAGUUAACAAUUACACUGAAAUGAAAGGGAACGUGGGACGGAGGAUACGUGUGCUUCUAAUUAGAGUAGAUGAAGAAACCAAAGACUUAGUACUCAGCGAGAAGGCGGCUUGGGAGAUGAUGAAUCUUGAACAUGGAACUCUUCUUGAAGGUACUGUCAAGACAGUGUUCCCAUAUGGAGCCCAGAUAAAGAUAGGUGAUACUAAUAGGAGCGGGUUGUUGCAUAUUACAAAAAUAACCAAAGGGAAAGUUACUUCGGUCAGUGACUUACUGAAAGUUGAUGAAAAGGUUAAAGUUCUGGUAGUGCCGUCUACAAUUCCUGAUAAAAUUUGUCUAAGUAUUGCGGAUUUGGAAAGUGAGCCUGGUUUAUUUUUGUCCGACAAAGAGAAAGUAUUUUCUGAAGCUAAAGAGAUGGCAAAGAAAUAUAGGCAGAAGAUGUCGGUUAUUUCUGCAAAAAGAAAUUUAGAGGCACUUCCCACGAAUGGCUUGCCUUUUGGAGACGAGGAAAGUUUGUACGCCAACUGGAGAUGGUUUAAGUUCGAAAGAGACGGUGAAAUAAAUACAUGA